GUCGCACGCACGGGGCGUGGCGCGUGGCGCUGCGCCCGCGCAGGCGGCCGGCGCCACAGCCGCUGCGGAUGCUGCGGCGCGCGCACCUGUCGCGCAUCCUUGCCCACAGACACGCGAGUUCACGUGUGAUGACCAGUGACAGUGAUUGUGAAGCCCUAGGAUAACCUGCGCCUCUGAAGCAACCCUAGACGGGGCGAUGUUAAGCGUGGUGGUAGCGCUGGCGUGCCUGAGCUUGGCGCGCUGCUCGCCGGAGCCCCACGCGCUGCGCGUCCACCCGCGUAACGCACACACUGCCCUGGAACUUAACGGAGUCCUGGGCAAGAUCGAGGAGAGACUGCGGGUAUUGGACGCGGUCAGUGCGGCUCAGGCCAAGCAAGCGCGCAAGCUUGAAGUCAUGCAGGACAAACUAGAUCGUGUGGAGACCACACUCUCGUUAAGACUGGAAAGAGCUCAAUUAGCGGCUGAAAGACUGGAACAUAGGAUGCAUCUGCUUCAGACUAGUGUUGAAGCAGCGGUUAAAGAAAGUGCGGAUAAAAUAGAACGCAGCGAAGAGAAAAUUUUAGGGGUUGCGCAAAACUUGACGACUCAUAUAACCUCACACACACAUUUACUAGAAAAGGUCAGCGGCGCCUACGCCGAGACCUGGCGCCGAGGUCUGAUCCUCGAAUCGCUAAUGCGGGAUGGCCUGUCGCUAGUGAAUGUGACGAGACGUGAACUAGCUGACGGGCUGCGCGCUCUUGCCAGAAGGCAGCGGGACGCGCGCCUAACUUCCGCGGACUUAGAGGCCGCCUUUUCUAAACGGCUUACUGACAACACCUACAAAAUCGACUUGAAGAUGCAGGAGAUGAUGGAGGCACAGAAGCGUUUUGUGGACUCCUGUCAGCGAGUGCAGCUGGACGACCCCACUCACGUAGCUGACGUGCUGGACAAAUUGAUCGACUCGCUUAUCAAUAAAACAAAUUCUACAUUUCAAGAGCUGCAAGACAUUAAGGCUAGCAUGCGCAAUCACGAUUACAAAGUAAUGAAGUUGCUCAGUUCUGGGCGACCAUUGCAGAGCGACACUACCUGUAGACGUUUAGAGACCGUGUUCCGCAAUGCAUCUCACGCGACGUUCAAAGAAACGGAGCUGCAGCAGUUAACCGAGAAGUUUAUCGCGCUGACUGAACGCGCUGACGCGACGCUGCAGCGCCUCGAGGCGCGGCUUGGCGACGACGCCGACACGCCAGCUCAACCGUCUGAUGUCACCUCAGAAGCCGAUCGGUUGUUGCAGAAACUCAAAGGAAUUAAAAGUGAACAAGAGUCAGAAGAUGAAUACUGGGGAAGUGACGAGAACAAUGAGUUCUUUGAUUAUGGGGGUGAAGAUGACACCAACAAGAAUGAUGACAUCCUGAACAUAACGCCAAAGCCAGAUCACCAUGAUUUGGAGACCCCCUCAACAAGGGCUCCACACCGGAGACAUCUGCACAAACAUCCUUACGACCGGGGCCCUAGCUGGAGGAAGCCUCCUAUGUAACGAUUUAUGAUAAUUUUAUAUAAAAAAUUC